AUGAGAUUGUCAUAUGCUGAGCUACUCACUGUAGCAGCCCUCCUGGCACAGUACAGGACCGUGGCUGUGCAUGAAGUGUGUGGGACAGCAGAGGUGGCAGAUAUUUUGUUCCUCAUUGGAGGAUCCCAGACCCUUGGGAACAAGGACUUCCGAGCAAUCCAAGACUUCAUCGACAGCGUCAUCCGGACCUUCGCGAACGUGGUGCUGGGGAAGGCGGGCAUUCGGCUGGGCGUGACACUUUAUGGUGAGAAGCCAAGGAUGGGGAUCGAGUUGGCAGAUUCCACCACCAUUGAAGAGGUGCUGGAGGCCGUUCGGGACCUCUUGUUCAAAGGGGGAAAUGUGAAAAUGGGGGAUGCCCUGACAUUUGUGGCCCGCACGGUGUUCCACCCAGCGGCGUCGAGGGACGAUGCAGCAAAGAUAGUUAUUUUAAUAACCGACGGGGACUCUGCCGAUUCUGUUGAAGAUGCAGCUGUAGCACUGCAGGACGCGGGAGUUACAGUGUUUGCUGUGGGAAUUAAGAACGCCAAUAAGAACGAGCUGAAGAAAAUAGCUUCAGAGCCCACGGAGGAACACGUGCUUUAUGCGGAGGAUUUCCACCUGCUCCAUAACCUGUCCCCCAAACUCUCCCGCAGGCUGUGCUUCACUGCCUCGGAGCCCCCACGGCCGGCCAAGAUGACUGUGAAUGCUGAGAAGAUUGUCGGCCCUCGGGAUCUGCUGGUCACGGAGCAAGGUCACAGCUCGUUGAGGCUGACCUGGACUCCUGCCAUGGGGAAGGUGUCGGAGUACCUCGUCCUCCAGCGUUUGCUCUCAGCUGCUGGGCAGCCUGCUCCUGAGGACCAGCGGCAGCUGGUCGUGGACAGUGACAAGAACACCGUGCUGGUGCCAGACCUGAAGCCCAACACCAAGUAUUUCUUCACAGUCCAGGCCAUCUACCCAGAUGCCCCCAGGGAGUCGAUGACUGUCAAAGGGAAGACGACACCUGUGCCUCCAGUGACUAAUUUCCGGGUCAUUGAAGAAGGCCUCUUCAGCCUCAAGGUGGCUUGGACGGCUCCCCUGGGGAGGCUGGAAGGCUACAAGAUCUACAUUCCCAGACCAAACAUGCCUGGGAUGACCUAUGAGCAGAUUCUGGAGGCAGAUGUCACAUCUCAUGUGCUUCCCGACCUGCAAGAGGAUAAAGAAUACACUGUCAGCAUCUACGCCAUGUAUCCAGAGGGCCCGAGCCAACCGGCGUCUGUGACAGCAAGAACAUUGAGGUUCCUGCCUACGAGAAGCGUCUUGGUGCAGAAUGAAACCACCAACACCCUCCAGGCCAGGUGGAUGCCGGUCCGAGGGGCUUCUGGUUACAGGCUCACUUGGGUGUCCACAGAGGGCAGUGUCCAUAAUGUGAACCUGGAUGCCACUUACACCUACUACAUGAUCCAGGGGCUGCAGCCUGGCACAGAAUACACCGUCACCAUCAACCCCGUCUUCGGGGACAUCGAGGGGCCUGUGGUGAGCAGAAAGGCAACUACCUUGCCAUCAAGUUCUGUCCAGGCUCUGAAAGUGGCCGAUAUAACGAUCAGCAGCGCCCGGGUCUCCUGGGAUGCAGUCACGGGAGCCAGUGGGUACCGAGUGGCUUGGGGUCCAACUCCAGAAUUCUUUGGUCGAGACCGACUGCGACAGACGGUUGUGAACAGCUCCGUCACAGCCUACCAGCUCCGAAGCCUGGCCCAUGACACGGAGUAUGUCAUCUCCCUCUACGUGCUCUUUGGUUCAGUGGAGGGACCUGGGAUCACAACUUCAGCCAGAACAUCUCCACUUGGCUACGUGUCCAAUUUCAAGGUGACGUCCUACACAAGCACAUCCAUUUCUCUCGCAUGGAGCAUCACAGCUGCAGCCACCAAAUACAAAAUCACCUGGAGCCCAACAGGAGCAGAUGGAGAGCGAGCUAUUGCCAAGAGCCAGUAUGUGGGGAGCAGGGUGCUUGCAUAUCGCAUCGACCACUUGCUGCCCAGCACGCAAUACAGGGUCAGCAUUCGGCCCGUGUUCAGCAAGUCUGAAGGCCACGAAGUGACUCUCACUCACCAGACAGCCUCUCUCACAGACUUAAACCCCGUCCAGACUCUCCGGGAUUUGCGAAUCAUCAACACUGGAAUAAAUAGCCUGAAGCUGUCCUGGAAGAAGACCCCAGGCAUAACGCACUAUAAGAUUUCCUGGGCCCCGUUUGGUGGUGGCUUGGAAACCUCGCAGACAGUUCCAGCAGAGCCCACGUUUUUCACCAUAACCAAGCUGCAGAAGAGCAUGACAUACAGCAUCCGCGUGUCUUCAGUCACUGGGGAACGAGAGGGAAGCCCAGUGCUUCUCACUGCCAAAACAUUGGAUCUGCCCAAAGUGACUGCGUUCACAAUUCAGGAGGUCACAGAGAGCAAUGUUUUACUGAACUGGACAGGUGUUCCUGGGGCAUCGGCGUACUUGUUAGCCUGGCGCCUGGCAUCAGGUCCUGAUCUUUCCAUGGAGCGGUUGGCUGCUGGUUCUAGGUCGUAUCGAGUGCCAGGACUGAAACUGGGAGGGACGUACGUGUUUUCCAUAAGGGCAGUCUUUGGAGAGAUGGAGGGGCCUGAGACCAGCAUCACUGAGCAGAUAGUGGGAUCUCACGGGAAUCCUUCCACAUCUGCUCCUACCAUUACUUCUAUACGAACUGCCAUGGCGAGUGCCUCAUCGACCGAUGCUGGGAAGGCCAGGACCACUCGUACUCUACCAGCCACCCCUAUGACAUUAAGAACAACCCCAGCAGCUACAGCUGCUACAGCAUCUUCACCCCUGACAACUCUUGCUGGGCCAAUCUGCGGUAGGUUCAAUGCUGACAUUGCAUUCCUGGUGGAUGAGUCCUCAAGCAUCGGCCAGAGCAAUUUCAAUAAAGUGAAGGACUUCCUCUUCCGGAUCGUCUCCUAUUUCCCCAGAAUUGGGCCUCAAGGGACGCAGAUUGCUGUUGCUCAGUACAGUGAAGAGCCCCGGACUGCAUUCCAUUUUAACCAGUACAAGGAUAGGAAUGGAGUCCUGAAAGCCAUCCAGGGACUGAGCUACGUUGGAGGCAACACAAAGACUGGUCGUGCCAUGGCCUAUGUGCUAAAGGAGUUAUUUCAUCCCUCCAGAGGGUCCAGGCCAGACUUCCCUCGUACCCUGGUGUUGGUGACUGAUGGACAGUCACAGGACGAUGUGCUCCCACCUGCCAGAGCAGUCCAUGCUUUAGGAAUCGGUGUCAUUGCUGUGGGCAUCUCCAGAGCGGACCCUGAAGAACUGAGUAGCAUUCUGCUUCACCGCAACCUGCAGAAUGUUUUCUAUAUCAACACCUUCGAUGACUUUCCCCAGAUCAUCAGGGAGCUUAUAGAUACCAUAUGCUCGGACUUGCAGCUGCCAGAAGCCCAGCCACAGCCUGGGCAGGUUGCUGGACGCAAUGCGAACAAACCACAGCAGUCUGGUGACAUGGACAGGAAAUCCUUGGCCUAUGAUCCAUCACCUGUUGACCCACAAAUCGAGGGACCCCCGGGGCCUUGUGAUUCCAAGUGCCUGAAGAGCUACAGGGGCUUGCAGACGGGCAGGGGUUAUGAUCCGUUCGGCUUUGCAACAAAGGGAGAGAAAGGAGAGAGGGGUCUACCUGGGAAGGAUGGGAUUCCUGGACUGCCUGGCAGACCCGGACGGACAGGGCCCCCCGGCUCCCCAGGGCGGAUGGGUCUUCCAGGUAUCCAAGGCGAUAUUGGGCCUCCUGGAUAUCCAGGACCAGCGGGGCCGAAAGGAGACAGAGGAGAACCAGGCUAUGUCCUAGGAGGUGUGGAAGUGAUUCCUGGCCGAAACGGACAGCCCGGCCCUCCGGGGCAGAAAGGGCAGCCAGGCGUUCCUGGAGUAGCAGGACCACCGGGGCUGCCAGGACCACAGGGACCUCCAGGGACAUCCACAAAGGGAGAGCCAGGAAACCCAGGAAACAGGGGGAGAGCUGGCUUGCCCGGCCCCAUAGGGCUAGAUGGUGCUCCAGGAUUUCCCGGACCGAGAGGGGAAAAGGGGCAGGCAGGGAUAGGUACCCCUGGCACGCCUGGCUUGAAGGGAGCGGAAGGAGAAAAGGGGGCAAUGGGACUUCCUGGAGCAGAAGGACAGAAGGGUGAACCAGGAUUGCCCGGAGAAGGAGGACCAGCUGGCCCAAGGGGUAAAAAAGGCCAAGACGGUGUCAAGGGAGAAAAGGGGGACUGUGGAGAAGCCGGGCCGAGGGGACCUCAAGGAAUUGCUGGUCUUCCGGGAAGAGUGGGGCAGAAAGGAGACCAAGGGAUCCCGGGAUUUCCAGGUGCUCCAGCGAUGGGGGUUGUGGGACCUCCAGGCAAGAAGGGCAGCAGGGGGGAUAUUGGACCCAUUGGUCCCCCUGGACUGCAAGGAAACAAAGGAAUGCAAGGAGACAAAGGAGAAAAGGGAAGUCCAGGCUUUGGCAUUCCCGGACAACAGGGAUUGAAAGGACACCCUGGAGAAAGGGGAAAUGUAGGUUUGUCUGGUAAACCCGGUCAGAAGGGGGAAAUGGGCCUGAAAGGACAGAGAGGUCAACCAGGAGCACCUGGGAAACCAGGAGAGACCGGACUAAGAGGUAAAGAUGGAGAACCAGGGAAGAAAGGGGACACGGGGACCAAGGGAGAAGCAGGUGUCCCUGGAGAACCAGGAGAGAGAGGAAUCAGGGGUCCUUUAGGGCUUCCAGGCCGUCCUGGAGAACAGGGGGUAAAAGGAGACAUGGGAGAACCUGGAAGGGACGGAGUCAACGGAGAGAAGGGCGAGAAGGGCGAAUCUGGGAAGCCUGGGCUGCCUGGGGCACCUGGAAGUGCUGUGUCUGCUGUGGAAAACAGCAUCCCCCUCAAAGGUGAUAAGGGAGAUCCAGGUCCUCCUGGCAAAGGAGUGGAAAUCAAGGAUUUGGAGAGGCUUUUUGAAGCAUAUGGUAUCAAGUUGGCUCUUCUGAAGGAGCUCACUGACCUUCUCCUGAGAGAGGGCCUGGAAGUGAUCAUCCAGCAUUUGGCCAGCUCCAGGAAAGGCAAGAUGUCCAAGAAAAAGCAAGCCACUGACUACCCUGGCUUGCAGGGUUCACUGAAGUAUGAUAUCUCUAGUGAUGCUCUGGCCAGCAUAGAAAUGACCAAUGAAGAUCAGGCCAAAAGCAAUGACCAUCAGUUUAUGGUCCCAGGCUCUGUAAGACAACCCGCUAAA